AUGUCGAGCCCACCGCGCACGCCGACGCGGCCGACAGCCCUCCCGAUGACAGUGGGGCCGCGUGAGUGGGAAAAAUCUCUCACGAUCAAGUGUCGCUUCUGCGGCGGCCCUAAAUGCAAGCGCUGCAGCGAACACACCGCGCUCCUCAAGACGGACAGUCCGGUCGCGGGGCUUCACGCCGACUGGGUGACCGACUCGAUCUUGGGCAUGAUGCGCCCGUCGUCUCGACUCAUGCAGACGUACCGCAUCGCCGAUCAAUUCCAACGCCUCAAGAUCAAGGCCGUCUUCAACCUCACCAUGCCGGACAUGACGUCACCCAACUUGUCACUGAUGCUCGACAUUGCGACGGUCAUGGCGUCCGUUUUGGCGCAGGCGCAGCAAAAGGUUGCUGUGCACUGCCACGCUGGCUACGUAGGACGCACGGGGCUCGCGAUUGCGUGUACGCUCAUCUUUCAACACGGCAUUUCAGCCGCCGAAGCCAUCGCGAUCGUUCGACGCGGCCGCCCGGGAUCGAUCCAGACCCACGGCCAAGUGGCAUUUGUGGGACGCUUCCACGAGUACCUUGGACAAGCCAAGCUCGUGUUUGCGCUACCCACAAUUCACAACCGGUUCUCGCUCGCAACCAUCCUCGAGCGCGAGCGCUUCCAGUUUCAGCCGUCGCCGCCCGAGACGUCGAUGGUGUUGCCACCCCGCGUCGUGCGCUAUCUCUGCUCGCAGGUCGAAGCGUGGGCCGCGCAGGACGUGUGUGCGCUCGUUCUCGCGUAUGUCGGGCACCUGCCCGCGACCACGUACUCGAUCUCUCUUUUGCCGCAUCUUCAGCUGCUCCAAGUGGCCGAGAACGCUGACGCUUGGGCAGACCACGUGGUUUCUAGCGACGCGUUGUUGCCGAUCAAGGCCCAAAUGAACUUGGGGGAGCCUAACUGGCCACAGAAUUCGACCACGCCGAUCUUUGCCGGCUUGCUGCUCGACUGGCUCGAGCACCUAAACCCACCCCUCCUCGAUAGCAAUGACCUCCACGACGUCGAUCGGCUGCGGAAAGCGCCGCUCGCGACGCUACGGACUCUCGAGCGCCUCGUCAACUUACUACGCGUGUGCCGUGAGGCCAUGCGAACGAAGCCGGCCGAGCUGCCCAUCGAUGCCAAUACUCUUCUCGAAGGUCUCUAUGCUCGGACCGGUAUGGCCAUUGUUCAAGCCCCGUCGCUUCGCGCGCGGUCGUUGAUUCCCCCGAUCAAGCACCUCGUCGAGAGUCAUUGGACGAGUCCAUCACCGCUCAAAAUGGCAUCGAUGGCGUCCGAGGCCAAAGUCGAGCCUCUUGACCCCACCAAGUUUCCCAGUACACAGUAG